AUGUCUCUCAUUGAAUCUAGUAUUGUAACUACUGGGGCCGAUAUUGGAUCGAAGCUACCUAUUAGAUCACUAGGGAAAAAUGAAGUGGGUUACCUGUUGAGUGGGGAUAAUACUCUAUGUGACGUUGUUAAGUCUGAUGUUAUGAGAGAGAGUGCUCUAAUCACAGCUCCUCUUGUGAACAAUGAUCCUCUGAGUAAACUAGGUUUGAAGGAGAUUCCUUCUGUGUCGGUCCAAGAUAUUACAAGUCAGCUCGAAGAUCUGAAGCAUGAGCCUUCAACGGUCCAUCCGACACCAUCCCGUAGCGUUGCUGUGACGUCGUCGUUGACAGAUCUCAGCCUGAAGUGGGCCGAUUUGGUUGAGGUAGGGAAUGAUGCUCGAGUUAAGGGGGUUCAAGAUAGUUUGGUCGUGGCUAGGGCUAGAGGGUUUUCUCGUUCUACUGAUGCUACAAAUGUGGACAUAGCCUCUUCUUCGGAUGGGGGGGAAAAAGUUGGGGGAUCUUCAGGGUGGACUAGUGACCAAGAGGAAUUUAACACCUAUGUUAAUGCUUUUGAGUUGGUCGAUUUAUCUUAUGGGGGCUACCAAUUCACUUGGGUUAAUAAAAGGGUUGAUCGGGCCUAUAUAGCCACUAAAAUUGAUAGAGUUCUUGUUAAUGAGUCCUGGCUUGACAAAUUUCCUGAGUCAACUGCAUCUUUUCUCCCAUCUGGUAUAUCUUACCACUCUCCUGUUGUGGUCAAUAUCAGUGUCCCUAAGAGUUCCUUUAAAAAACCUUUCAAAUACUUUGAUUUCUGGUCCCAACAUCCUGAAUUUCUCAAUACUGUGUCUAACAGUUGGGAUCAGUAUAUCAGAGGUGUCCCUAUGUUUAGGGUGUAUCAGAAGCUGAGACAGCUUAACGCUAGUCUCAAAAUUUUGAACAAGAAGGACUUUAGUGAUAUCUCAAUUCGUGUCCAAGCAUCCAACGCUAGUUUGGAUCUUGUCCAAUUCAAGUUGGAUAGGGAUCCUGUGAAUUUGGAGGCUACCUUUGUCAAUGCUUUUACUGACCUUUUUGGUAAGCCUUUCUCUGAUGAGUAUCAUGGGUACGAGAGAAUCAAUUCUCUCGUCAAGAAUAGAGUUUCUAGUUGUCAGUCUGAGAUGUUAUCCAGUGAGGUUACUGAUAAAGAGAUUUAUGAUAUUUUUUGGUCUCUUAAAUCCAAUAAAGUCCCUGGCCCGGAUGGUUACUCUGCUAGCUUCUUUAAGAAAUCUUGGGAGGUGGUUGGCAAGGAGGUCACUGAAGCCAUUAGAUCUUUCUUCAGAUCUGGUGAGCUUCUUCAAGAGCUGAAUAGUACUACUAUAGCUCUCAUCCCUAAGAUCCCUAAUGCUAAGAAAGUUGGGGAUUUUAGACCCAUAUCUUGUUGCAAUACGGUGUAUAAAUGCAUUUCCAAAAUUAUUGCUAACAGGAUUAAGGUUGUGUUACCUGAUUUGGUCGACCCUGUGCAAUCGGCUUUUGUUCAAGGGCGGCGUAUUUCCGAUAACAUCUUCCUUUCGCAGGAAUUAAUGAGAGGCUAUCAUAAGAAUUCUUCCACCCCUAAAUGCACCAUGAAAGUGGAUAUUAUGAAAGCUUAUGAUAAUGUUAGAUGGGACUUUGUUCUGGAUGUUCUUAGAGCUAUGGGCUUUCCUCCUGUCUUUAUCCAUUAG